CAAAACUCGGAUUUGAUGACGACUCGGGAGCCCGAGUUCCCGCCUGUUCCGCAGAAGAUGGCGAGAACCGCGGCGGCUGGGCCCGACAUGGCCGACGACACGGUCAUGGUAGAUGCCCACACACCGGCGACCGGCCUCAGCACAAUGCCGCCCGAGAUUAUCGAUGUGAUUCUAGAGUUCCUGAUCCCGCAGCCGCCAGAGAUCGGCGAAACGCGCCCGGUCGCCUACAGCCAGCUGAUGGUCGAUGAGCCGUGGUUCGACUUUACGCGAUGUCGCCGUGGCCUGCGCAGUCUCUGCCUGGUCUCGCGCCGCCUCGGCGAGAUGGCCCGACCAUCCCUCUACAAGAACGUGGCUAUACUGGACGAGGCGGCGAUGCUUCUGUUUUUCCGCACCCUCUGCAGCAAGCCUCACUACGGUCUCUGGACACGCUAUGUAUCCUGCCAUCUCACCUUGACCGAAAACUCCGUGAUUCGGGAAGUUCGCGAACUUCUUCCCAAGUACCUUCCCACCUUCGCCCCGGCGCCGGAGACGGGCGCUCUGAUCACGGCCGCCCGGCACUUCCUACAAAUGAUGAACCAGUUCUUCCCGAGUAUGGUUCUCAGCGAAGGUGACUUCGACCAUGUGCCGCAGGCGCUGCUCUGCUUCAUUCUCAUGUUCCUCGCCAAGGUGGAGACGGUCCUUUUGCAGGUCCCCAUCAGCGAUGAUCAGCCGGAAUACGACGUUCUCUGCGCCCAGAUCGAGGGCGUCCAGGACCUCUUCCGUGACGAACCCGAGGCGAUCCCGUUCCAAAACAUCCGCACCCUUCUUCUACAAGGCGAUCCCGAACUGGCGGCCCAGGUCGAGGACGACGACUGUGAGUGCGAUAUGCCAGAUACCUGGGGUGCUCAGCCGCGGCGGUACAGUUCCCUCUUUGCUAGCUUCCCCAACCUCACGACGCUCGAAGUCAGCAGCGACGACGGUGUCUGGUGCUUGGCGCCAGAAGAGUUUUCUUUCUUGCCCAUGGACGACAAGCCGCCACCGCCGCCCUUCAUGCCCAACAUCCGCCACAUCUAUCUCCACAACAGCGUCGCCUACCCCGGCGAUCUGCACCAUCUGCUACGAAACGCGCCGCAGCUCGAGACGUUGUACAUGGCACCUCGCGGAGACGGCGCUCUCAAAGAAAUGAUCGACGACGGCAGCAGUAGCGAGCACCCCGAAUCCCUCAACAUCGCCCUGGCCAACCACGCCAAGAACCUGCGCAACUUGGACGUCAGCUGGGAAGACAUCUGGGGUUUUGAAUGCCUCGUCGGCCCCGAGGGCCGGCUGCCCUCGAUCGCCGAGAUGACCUCGCUGCGCACGCUCUGCGUGCAGCUGGCCCUGCUGUACGGCAAGCCCUCUGCGGUCCUCGAGACCCCGCUCGUCGACUUGCUCCCCCCGAACCUCGUCGAGCUGGCGCUCGAAGACUGGUGGUGGUCUAACCUAGAACUGCUCCAAACCCUGCCGGAUUGGGAUACCCAGGCGAAGGUGCGCCACUACCAGUCCCAGCACCUCUACCGGACCACCGCCGUUCGCACCCUGACCGAGUUUGCACGCGAUGUGCGCACCCGCAUGCGUGAUCUGAAAAAGGUGGUGUUGCUGGUCAAGAUCCCUUGGACAUGGGUGCUUGAGGGUGCCGUAUCGCUCGACUUCCACUUCGACGUGGUCAAGAGCGUUUUCCUGGCACAAGGUGUCGAAUUCUCGGUCAAGUGUGAUGAGGUGUAGCUGUGCGACCGAUAUUUCAGAUACGUCACGACUUCCUUGAUGAUAUCAGUAUUAUCAACUAAGACCUGUAUAAUGGCCUCGCUCGAGGAUGCUUUGGGUGCGACAUGUAGCAUACCUGGAUGCAAC